AUGGAGUCGAGCGGAAAUUUGAUUCGCUGCUUGUGGCGUCGACGCGAGCCCCGCGGUCGAAUCAAGAAGCGGAAGCGGAAGCAGCAUAGAAAAGCAGCUGCGGGAACCAUUAGCACACAGCGGGAUGGGGAGAUGGCUGGUGCUGGACAGGCAAGGCUGACUGCUGGAGGCAGGAACUCUAUGGGAACGGCUGUGAAGUCUCGCGUUCAGGCGAGGCUGUUCGGCCCAGCGGUCUUUGAGUCAAAGAAGCUUCAGGUGGUGUUCAUGGGAGCAGAGGAAGAGCAGCACCCAGCACAUGCUCCAUUGCCCCGGAUGUACACUUUUACCCACUCGGAUGUAACCGCUGGGCUCACCCUCGCCAUCGCUCACGAAUUCAACAAAUCUCAGUUUAUGGGCUGGUACUCUCGGCUGCAGAGGGACGAGGUUCUUGCAGUGUGGCGCCAGCACUGCAGCCUAGCAGAUUUCCGUUCGCCCUACUUGAGGGACCCUUGGCAAGAGGUUCACCCAGAGCAUGCUUGCAAUGGUUCAGACUGCCACAUGUCACUCCACGUCCACUGCCACAUCAGCGGAGGGCAUUUCCUGCUGAACGCCAUUGCAGCUCUCAGAUUCUGGAUUUUCAGGAAGGAGCUUCCAGUCGUUUUGGAGGCGUUCAGACAUGGUGACAGGGCACUCUUCGAUAAGCAUCCAGAUCUUGAGGAUGCGCUGGUGUGGGUACAAACAUUCCGGAGUACAACAGGCAUGAAUGCUGGGGACAUCUGCAUUCAGCAGCCCAG